AUGGGUAUUCCAGUGACCCUUCUCGAAGACGACAAUGUACACGAGGCUAUUGCAGAGGUGGAGUCAAGGAAUCGGUCUAAUGGCGAUGGGGCAGAGGAGCCAGGACGUGAAAACUGGCACUUGGUCAAAGAUAUUCCAUCACAAUUGGGUUUGCGCGCAGAUAGCGCGUGGUCCGCGAUGAAGGACAGGAAGAGCGCCGGUGGUGCUUUCUGGGCCCUUUGGCUUGACGAUGGGUCGCGCGUGUGCGUCGUGGAUGCACAUGGACGCGUCAGAGAGACCUCUGUGUCGUUUGACGCCAAGAUCACUAGUCUGGACAUCCGUAACGAGAACACGGCGGUUUUCCUGCUGGAAACCGGGAUCUGUGGCACCUGGGACCUGAAUUCUGGUCACACGAGGUUCUGCGACGGUGUACAGCAGUUUGAUGCUCACCACCGCACGGAGGCGUUCGUGUGGGCAGGACAGCAGCAGGCAAGAAAUAGCGGAAGAGGCUUAACGCACGUGACGCUGAGCACCGCGCGAGCUCGCUAUGCAAUCACAACGUCCUAUUCAAAUUCUGCCGUAUGGGCCGACGUUCGAGUCCUCCGGGAGCCAGUAUGCGCGGCUAUGGGUGACGAUGGCGACUUGUUGGCGACCAGCGACGGGCAGGGCGUUGACAUCCACCAUUUGUCGCGGGGCACACAGACAUCCGUGGUGGGCCUCGCGCUAGCUGAAAACGAGCGCGUUUGGAGACUUGGAAUCAAGCCCGACUGUCAAACAGUAAUAAUAGCCACGACGUACAGAUUGUUAUCACACAAACUUGGUUCCGGCGGGGUGUCUUUGAUUUGCGAGGCCCGCGAGGGAUCUUGUUUUGAUAUCGAUUCCGAAGGCGGGAUUUUAGUCGAACGGAGACAUCUGUACGGUACACAUAUUGCGUACUACACUUUUUGCGAGGAUUCUCUUUGCUGGUCUUCUGUGGGCUACACGGAUGUACGAGCUCAAUUUGGAAUCCGGAAAAUCGAUAAAAUGAUCGCGAUGGGCGAGGACAAGAUCUGCGUUCUUUCUGAAUUAGGUACUUGGACGGUGCUAUCCGUAGUGCGGCGGUGA